GGGGGACUUAUAAUACUCUCGAUCGCCUGUCCCCGCUUCAACCUUUUCUUUUGUAAACGACUGCAUAUCCCCAACAACACCUGCAUCGCCAGAACGACGAUGUCCUUCACAAUGACUGUCCGCCAGGGCCCUGCGCGACUUGCGCAGAGGCUUCCUGAGCUGUCAAAGACUGCUUUCCGCAACACCGCAUCCGCCCGAAGCUUCCACGUCCAGUCCAAGCCCACAGCCAACUUCUUCACAUCGCGCGUCACAUCCGCAGCCACCCGCAAUGCUUUCCAACGAACAGGCCGCGCUGGUGGUCGAUCAUAUAACCAACAGGCUGCGGGAGCUGCUACAGCGCCUCAGUCGACCAGCCGACGACUCUUGGUUGGAGGUGCCAUCUUUGGUGGUACACUUGUUGCCAUCAAUGCUGUCUUCAACCGGGAGACCCGUGAGGAUGGUGGCAUGCCCGUUUACGAGCGCGAAUACUUGAACAACACUUUCUUGCACACUGGACUCGGAAUUGGUAUCAUUGGAUUGACGGCUCGACAAAUGGUUCAGACCGGCUUCGUCUACCGAAUCAUGGUUACUAACCCUUGGGUUGUUGGAAUCGGUGGUCUCGCUCUCAGCUUCGCCACCAUGAUUGGAACUCGAUCUAUCAGCCCGGACAACUACAUCCCCAAGUACGCCCUCUGGACCGCUUUCAACGCCACCCAGGCUGCAUUUGUGGCUCCUCUACUCGCCUUCGUUCCUCCUGCUCUCCUUGGACGUGCCGGUCUCUACACCAUCGCCAUGAUGGGUGGUCUUGCCGUUGUCGGUGCCACUGCUAAGCAGGAGAAGUACCUCUACAUUGGUGGUCCUCUCCUGGCUGGUGCCGCCAUUGUCGCUGCUUCUGGUCUCGCCCCUCUCGUCAUCCCCGCCACCGCCAUCCGAACCCUUGCCUUCACUGAGAGCAUCUGGUUGUACGGUGGUCUUGCUGUCUUUGGUGGAUUCACUCUGUACGAUGUCCAAAAGGUCCUCCACCAUGCUCGUCUCGCCCAGGCUGGUGUCAUCCGCCGUGACCCCGUCAACGAGAGUAUCUCUCUUGAGCUCGACUUCCUCAACAUCUUCAUCCGCAUGGUUCAGAUCCUGAUGAUGCAGCAAAACCGACGCAAGUAAGCGAUUGGUGAUGGAGUUGCAUAGAAGUAGCGCUCUAGGCGUUUUGUAUUAUUUUUAAGCCAAAGGAUUAUUACUCGGGUGAAGGAUAAUGAACUCCUCUCCUGUUUUUUUGUUGAAACCGGUCUACAAGUCGAUGGAUUUUCCAGUCUCUUAAUUUUAGGAUUAGCAAAUAAGAGUAAUAAAAAAAAAAAAAACUUCAAAUACUCAGAGUGGAGUGGAUUUCAAAAUGUUGUAAAUUGUGACUACCUAGGUAUAUGUUGAAUUUGUGUC